AAUUAAGAAAUCAGGAAGGGGCCAACACUUUUUCACAUCACUGUAUUUUGAUUUCUGCACUCAGGAAGAAACCAAUACAGAUUUGUUGUUGUGAGCUUUGGACUUCUAUGUAUCCUUCAAGCUGCUCUCAACAUUUCACUUCGACUGGCUCUUGAGACCCAAGGAAACUCUGAGUGUGAAAGGAACAUGGUUCUGUUAAACAACAGUUACAGCAACCUGACAGCAGAACUAGGCCGGCGAGAGACCACUAACAAGAAUCUGGAUGAAAAACAAACCCAGCUCCAAAAACUAUUAGACAGUAUGACCAAAGAGAGAAUGGAUUUUCAGAAAGCUUUUCAAGAUUGUCAACAAAAACAAUGGGUGUGCUUUGGUGGAAGUGCCUAUUACAUUUCUGGUAGCAUGAAGUCCUGGAAUGAAAGCAGGGAUGACUGUCAGCAGAGAGGAGCAGACCUGGUGAUCAUCAACAGCAAAGAAGAACAGGAAUUUGCAAGAAAAUUCAGACUGUCCAUAUGGAUCGGACUGACUGACACAGAGGCAGAGGGGACGUGGAAAUGGGUGGAUGGGACUCUACUGAACACAAGCUACUGGGACAUCAAGGAGCCAAACAGCAAAAAUGAGCAUGAAGACUGUGCAGAAAUACAUAGACCAGAUUUGAAAAGAAACUGGAAUGAUGAAUCAUGUGACAAAAAGAAUUUCUGGAUCUGUGAGAAGAAACUGACUCUAUGAACCAGCGUAGAUUGUAUAAUCAGAGAUUAAUAGGUUCAGUUGACUUUGUCUUGAUAGUCAGUUAUAGUUAUAGACUCUAUUUUAACUGUAAUAUAUUGAUUGUAAAGAAGAGAAGACUCUUCUCUCUGAAUGAUUGUUCAUCUUCAUUCAGCUCUUCAGGAGAGGAUGUCAAAAAUAAACAGUUCUUACUGUAUCAUUAAAUUUAGUUGGUAAAUCUGAUGUACAUCCCCAUAAAUACAUUAGUAAACCAUUUGCUUUGUGCCAGGUCAUUAAGUGGAUUCACUUUAGCUGUGGUUGAAAUGUUAGCUGUGUUCAGAAAAGGUAUACUAGGGAUGUUUAAUCUGAUCUCACUGUAGCUUCAUUCUAUAUUAUCUGCGACUAUAUUUAAAACCAAUAAAUAUAUCUGC